AUGUCAUUUGCCUUCCCACUUACAAGACGCCAACAGGCCACAAUGACUAUUAACCCCUUCCUCUUUGACAUUGUGCCUCCCGUCCCCAAGAAUUCUAGCGCUGCAGCAUUGACAGAAGUAUGUAAUACAAUGUCUACCGUAUUGAAUCAAACGUUGGCUAAUUGCCAAACAGCCGCAAAGAAAGGUACUGCUGCAUGCAAUAAACUCAACGGCACUCCUAUAAAUCAAGAUGCCGUCGACAAGCACGCCCAACAAUGUGAGGCUCAUGGAAUAAGUAAUGGUGCCUUCAACGCCAAUAUCUUCGGUAAUGCUUUACUAUCUGUUGCCCAGACAGGAAACAGUUUUGCCGUCGGCAAUCAAACCUUUCAAUCUUUAUCCGAUGCGGUAAUCGGCGCGUGUAAGGAACAACGACAACGAAAUCUUGCAACGCUUGACGAUUGCCAAAAUAAUCCUGCUAAUGCUGCGAAAUGCCAAAAGUUGGAUGGAACAAUGGUUACUAGAAAAGAAAUCAACUUGCAUAACAGU